GAGACACAUUAUGCGCGACGUCAUAAUGUUGCGCGAGGCCCCGCCCCGUCAAUAAUAACACGCACAGAGAGAGACAGGAGCCGCAGACGGAUUAUAUUUAAUAACUGCUGUAACAUCACAAAUCUGAGCAAUGGAAGUGAGUGAGGAGAGCGAGAGCGCGCCGCAGCAGGAGAAGAGCGCGCGCACCGCGGCUCAGAGGCGCGCGGAGAUCCGGAGGAGGAAAUUACUGCUGAACUCCGAGGAUCGGAUGAAUAAGAUCGUGGGCUUCAGUAAGAGUGACGCCGACAGCAGCAGCGCCGACAGAUCCCGAAGCGUCCUGGAGCCGCGAUUCCACCUGGAUCUGGAGCGGCACGAGCCCUGGUCCGGCUCCGCUAAGAGACUCUCUCCUCAUCCGUCCGAGUCCGGCGGGAGUAGCUCCGAGCCGCCCGACAGGAACUCCAGUGACGCCGUGGGGGAGGAGGACGUGUCCCGAGGGCUUCGGCAGCGGCCGCGCGGGGAUCUGUCGGCCGACGAGCUCUCGUCCUCUCCUCGCAGGGGUCUGCAGAAGUACCUGUCCCGCUUCGACGAUGCCAUGAAGCUGCGCGGGCAGCUGUCCAGUGAGAAGGCGGCUCAGGACGGCGGCGACGGCGAGGCAGAAGAUCUGGACCCGUUCUGUCUCUUCAGGCUCGUCGGCAGCGUCGCUCUCGCCGUCUUCGUGCGCAUCUUUGUUUGCCAGUAUUUGUCCAUAUUUGCUCCGUUCCUCACUCUUGAGCUGGGAUUCAUGGGAUUGCACAAAUACUUUCCAAAGGUUUGUCUCUGCUUUGGAACUGAUGAUGUGGAGAAGAAGAGCAAGACGACGGUGCUGACCGCGGCUCUGCUGCUGUCGGGAAUCCCUGCCGAGGUCAUCAGCCGCUCCAUGGACACCUACAGGAAGAUGAGCCACGUCUUCUCCGACCUCUGCGUUUAUUUCUUCAGCUUCAUCAUGUGUCACGAGCUGCUGCUGCUCUUCGGCUCGGACACGUCCUGAGGGAUGAGCCUCUGGAGAGACUGACGCACAUCCUUCUCUUCGUUUGUGGCCAUCAGAGCUGUGAAAAACCUGUUUGUUGCUUUGCAGCGUUUUCUGCAAGCCAGCGUUCAUUUUGUCACAUUUUAAUGUCCUUUUUAGUGGUGGUUAGAGUUAAUGUUGACCGCUGUGAGACUAGUGAAGGUCUCGUCCAACUGAGCAAGUUUGUUUCUGGACCAUUACAUUGUUUUGCAUUGUGACAUUAUUCACCAUCCUCUUCUUUCUGUCAUCAGUUUCAUUUAAUGUUGGACUGAUUUGUGAUCCAGACAUGAAGGUUUCACCCGUUUGUUUCUGGUUUAACAGUGACUCAGUUGGACCAGCAAAACCAGCCUAAUCUGAGCAGGUUUAUGUCUUCAGAUUUUCUGGAUAACACUAUCCGAAUAAUGUUUCUUAAGAAAAGCACGUGCUCUGAUUUGCAGUCGUUGUGAGUUGAUGUUUGUGUUGGAGAUUUUAGUAUUAUUGAGCUUCUCAGAAACAUGAGUUUACAAUAGAUCUGCACGAUCUGUUGAUUUUCUGUUUAAUUUACAGUAAAUGCCGUUUUGUUCUGUCAUUUUGGGACGGAUGAUCACCUUUAUUGUUUGCACUUAAUAGGUACUUGUUUCUGAUCAUGUUUACAUAAUCCUGCAAAACUGAUAUUCCAGUGUACUACUGUGUUUUCACACUAAUAUGAGGUGAGUUAUGAGCUCUUAUGCCUGUGAUUAUUGUAUAUACCUGGUCGAACAAUAAACAUAAUCAUGUCCUUCUGA